CAGAUUCAAAGCUGAGACUCGCUCAGUGAAUCAUAAUAGAAGAAGCCUUUCACGCAUUCGAGCUCUUCAGAAGAGUUAAUCAAAAAUAUAUUUCAGUAUACCAGUUUUUUGUUUAUUCAACGGAUUUACUUUUGACAACAGGUGAGGACUUACAUUACAAGUUUCAUUUGACCGACGACGAUAAAAUUGGUCAGAAUGGCAGCAGACUGGGUUGGCUGUCUUGUUUCUAUCCACUGUGGAGCAACUUUAGGAGUGUAUCAAGGAGAAGUGUCUUCAGUAGAUCAGACCAGCCAGACCAUCUCUCUCAGACAUCCCUUCCACAAUGGAGUCAAGUGCACUGUGCCCGAGGUCACCUUCAGUGCCAUGGACAUUAAAGAUCUCAAAAUCCUGGAGAUCCAUAAGAGUUCCACUGAAGUCCCAAAGCAGAAUGGUCCAGACACCAGCUCCACAGUGACUCUCGUUAGCGGACGCAAGGAUAAGGGUGGUGGUGGCGCCCCGGUCAGUAGCACUCCUGUGAUGGUCCCUAAUAAAACCGAACCCAAACCACAGGAAGGAGGGGUGUCUCCGGUGCCACACUACUCAAAAAGUUACGGUGAACGUCACAUGGACAUGGCUGUCCAAAGUAAAGGCUUUAGACGAAGACACAACUCUUGGUCGUCUAGUUGCAGAGGCCCAAAUCAGGCCACGCCCAAAAAGAAUGGGUUGAAGAACGGAGGUCAUAUGAAGAACAGAGACGAUGAGUGUUUUGGAGACGGUAUGGACGAUGUUCCCGAUGAGGACUUUGAUUUUGAGGGGAACCUGGCGCUGUUCGACAAGGCUGCGGUGUUCUCGCAGAUCGAUUCGUCAGAACGCCGAGGCAACGGCGCGAGAUCUCGAGGAACGCCUGGAGAGCAAACGCCAUCACGAUACCGGCACGACGAGAACAUCCUAGAAGCCAAACCCGUCGUCUACAGACAGAUCACGGUUCCACAGAAUGGAACCAAAGAAUAUAGCACUGACUCAGGGCUGGUGGUACCCAGCAUCUCUUUCGAGUUGCACAAGCGUUUAUUAGCUGCGGCAGAAAGUCAUGGUCUCUCUCUGGAGCGCAGGCUUGAGAUGACGGGCAUAUGUGCGAGUCAGAUGGCCCUCACGCUACUUGGAGGCCCGAACAGACUUACCCCAAAGAAUGUACAUCAGCGGCCCACGGUGGCCCUGCUGUGUGGACCACAUGUCCAGGGCGCUCAGGGCAUCAGCUGUGGCCGUCACUUGGCCAACCAUGAAGUGGAGGUCAUCCUUUUCCUGCCAAACUUCGUCAAGAUGUUGGAGGCCAUCACCAGCGAACUUGCACUUUUCGGGAAGACGGGAGGCAAACUGGUUUCUAAUGUGAAAGACUUGCCCGAGACGCCAGUUGACCUGGUCAUAAACUGCCUGGAUUCGCAUGAAAACGGAUUCUUGAGGGAGCAGCCCUGGUACAAGGCCGCCGCCGACUGGGCCAAUCAGAACCGAGCCCCGGUACUGAGCAUCGACCCUCCAGUAAGUGGACAGGCACAUGCCGUGGAAGCAAAAUGGUCACUUUCCCUGGGCCUCCCACUGCCUCUCUCCGAGGGGGCCGGCAGAGUCUACCUGUGUGACAUCGGCAUUCCCAGACAGGUGUUCCAGGAAGUGGGGAUCAAAUACCACUCCCCCUUCGGAUGUAAAUUUGUCAUCCCGCUGCACUCCGAAUAAGCCGUUGACUUUCACGGUCAAGGCUUUCUGAACCUGCCUUAAAGAUUUUAAGAAUGAACGGACCUCGGUUUGAAUGUUGCAGCAGAACUGGAACUUCUCAGUCUGUAUUUUUCUCAAGUUCUUCUAUACUUCUGUGCUUAUUCUCCUCAAAGGGAAGUGACGGAAACAAUACCAGCUCUCGUGACAAACCUGAUAUGUUCAAAGCAGAACCAACAUCAGUAUACUCGCCAUCUGAUGCAUUCUAACAGUCUUACAAUAAUCUUUCAAACAGCCGUUUUAAUACACAAGGCUGAUUUAUUUAUUUAAAUCUUUUUGGGGAGGGAAAUGAGAAAACUUUCAUAACCCAUUAAAUGUGCAGUUAUGUCACAAAAACAGCAACUGGCUUACACUUUCAAAUAAAAAUUUCCUGAUCAUUUACUCGCCCCCAUGUCAUCCAAGAUGUUUACGUCUUUCUUUCUUCAGUCGGAAAGAAAUUAAGGUUUUUGAUGAAAACAUUCCAGGAUUUCUUUCCUUAUAGUGGACUUCCAACGGCUUCCAGACAGUUAAAGGUCAAAAUGAGUUUCGGUGCUUCAAAGCGCUCCACACAAUCCCAGAAGAGGAACAAGGGUCUUACCUAGCGAAAUCUUCAUUGUCAAAAAAAAUAAAAUUAAAAGCAUAUGCUUUAUAAUCAGAAAUACUCUGCUUGCACUGCUCUGCGAUGCACAUCCACGACUUGACGUAAUACAUCAUCACACUGAAAAGGUCACGCGUGACGUAGGCAGAAGUACCAACUUGGUGUUUACAAGCCGUAAACUUAUUAACAUUUUAUGUGUGUCAUUGAACAUACAACAACAUUGGAACGGUCCUCCUCCUCCACAUUUGUAAACACUGAGUGAGUCAAGCGUGACUUUAUCAAUGUGAUUAUGUAUUACGUGAAGUCAUGGACGGGCAUCACAGAGCAGUGCAAGGCGAGCUUUUCUGUUUAUAAAGCAUAUACAAUUAUUCUUUUUUUUUUUUUUUUUUUUUAUGACCAUUUCGCUAGAUAAGAACCGUAUUCCUCAUCUGGUAUUGUGUAGAGCGCUUUGAAGCUGCACUGAAAAUGUCAUUUUGACCUUUAACCGUUUAGUAGCCGUUGAAGUCCACUAUAAGGAGAAGAAUCCUGGAAUGUGUUCAUGAAAAACCUUUGAAAAAAUAAAAAUAAACUGUUUGACUGAAGAAAGAACAACAUAAUCAUCUCGAAUGACAUGGUGGUGAGUAAAUGAUCAAGAAAUUUUAAUUUGAAAGUGAACUAAUCCUUUCAUGCGACUUAAUUGGUCUUAUGGCAUUUUUGAAUCAUAUUUUAUCCAAAAAAAAAAAAGCUUUUAGUUCAUAAUUGCAGAUGCUGACUUAAAUUUGUCCCAUAGAAAACAAAUCUGCAUUAGAUGGGGGUUUCGUCCCCCCUUUUCUUUCUUUUUGUGCCAGAUUGAUCAAAGUCAGUGUCAAGGCACUGAGAGUUCAUUGCAUGCUAAAUUUCUUACAAAGUGUUAUUUGCUUUGUCGACCAAGCCCAGUGUGCUGUAAAUAUGUCAGAUUGACUGGGAUCUUAGCAGUGAUAAAUUGUUGCACACUUGAAUGUUAAGGUAAGUGUACUAAAAAACUAGUUUGGGAUGUUGGUUGCCAUUGGACCAAUUCUGAGCAUUUAAAAGCAAUCAUUGGCCAAUACCACCAGUUUUCUACCGCAAAAUUCAUUACUGUGCUUUACCUCAUUUGCAUUAGUUUCAGUUCUCAGUGCUCACAAAUAAGCAGCUUAUGAAAUCCGGUUUUAAAUGGGUUUCAUAUUGAGUCAGCACAGCCUGUUUGGUUAGCACAAACAAGGAUCUUUUAUUAAGAAAGAUGCUCCAUGUGUUGCAAUAAACCUGCUUGCUGAAAUUGAUUUGUGAUUUUAUUACAGGUUGUAUUAUUAUGCGCACAACAAACCCAUAACACAGUGUGUGCUGCACACUCAGUUCUUUUGGGUAAUGAAUGAGUUUUGCAAAAGCACUGAUGAGGACAGGAGUGGAAAUAUUUGUUUGAAUCUGCAGAUUACCGUAUGCCUUCAGUUUGAAUGAGAGGCACUUACGACUCGCAAAUCCUCUAUAAAAGAUCCAUAUGCAACAAUAAUGAACUUAAAAUUGUUACAAAACUGACACCAGGAAAUAAUGUACUGCUUUCAUCAGACUAAUUUACUUUUUUACUAAAUGUUUUUUCAUUGAAGCUUCAUCGUGACGGCUUCUGAAUUUGACUAGCAAAUAUUUUGUGUUCUUUUUUUUCUCUCAAAAUUAAAUUAGAUUCCUUUUCGAGUGUUUUAUCUCAGUUUUCUGGUCAUAAGCCACGGCGCUUUUUUUUUUCUUUUUCUUUAUGUUAGUUAAGCUAUGUACAAUCUAGGGGUAACCUCAUUGGAGUUGACCACCCCAGAUGUCUAAUUUGUCUUGUCACAAGUGUUUAGAUAAACUAGAAACCAACAGACCUUACACAUCACCUUUUCUCAUUCUUGAGGAAAUUAUAAAAUUCUUGGCUUUUUUUUCCCCCUCUUUUCUUUUCACUGUUGAUGUUUGUGUCUGUAAGGUCAUUCAUUGGUGAUCCUCUGGCUCCUUGAAAUUGGCUUUUGAGCUUAAAAACAAAGACGCCAUAAAAAAGAGAGGCCGUUAUUGGGCACAUUAAUAAGUUAAUGAUAAUAUUGAGAUUGCACUGUCACAGUCUUAUGGUGUAUAAAUACAGAUAAUCAAACAUGUAUGUCUAAUAAUACAGCAGAAACAGCACUAAAAGAGCUUCAAGUUGGUGCCAAAAUCACUUUUUGCGACUUGUUACUUGAGAUUAAAAAAAAAUUAUUAUUACUGCUGUACAAUUUUUUUUUUUCUUUUUCAUUUGGUUUGCAAAAAACAAAACUAAUUGGUUCUAAUUGGUCGUAAUAUUCAGUUGAAUAUUGUUUGAUACCCAAGCACUACGUGUGCUUACAUGUAUGGUAAAAUGUAGUUUGAUAUAAAUCAUUCCUCUGUAGGAGUUUGCUUCUAAAAUCUGACCAAACAAAAAAAAUGUGGAAAAUGUUUUGUUGUUCUACGGUGACGUUCAUUUGUGUGGCUCCCCCACAGUGAUGUCAUCAAACAUGCCUCUGAAGGCUUGAGGGGGUUUUGUUCAGUGUCAAAAGUUGAAAGCUACUUUUUGGUUUCUUUCCACAGGUUUCCAUUCUUACGCCUUUUUCUUGACAAAAGCAUGAGGUAAAGGUUGUUGGCAUUGCGUCAUUUUAUCAUUUAUCUCUGCACCUGUUGUAUAAGGCAAAACACGAUUCAAUAUUGGUUUAUACAGCAACAUUGUUACUAUUAAUUGUAAAUUAGUGACAUAUCUGUUCAGCAUAGUUCUGAUAUCACUGGAAACCUUACAUGCCUAACAUUGUCGACUUUGAAGUGUAAGGAUUGAAUAAAAAAAAAUGGAAACAUAA